AUGCAUAUUCUCUUCUUUUGCACCGCGCACAAUUCGCUAUCACAGCGUCUAUACGUGGCACUCUCCAAGACACACACCGUCACCAUCGAAUAUGCCCUCUCAGACGAUGUCAUGAUCGAGGCGGCCAAGCUCGCCAAGCCUCAUCUCAUUAUCUGCCCUUUCCUCACUGCCCGUGUGCCCAAAGAGAUUUACGAAAACUAUCUUACCCUCAUCGUCCACCCUGGUCCCCCUGGAGAUGCCGGUCCAAGUGCCUUGGACUGGGUGGUCAUGGGUGAUGAUGGUACGGAGACCGACUCCGAUGCCCUCAUCCAGCAAGGCUCCUUGAGCGAGUCCGGCCGACCAUACUGGGGUGUCACCGUUCUUCAGGCUGUCGAAGAGUUUGAUGCCGGACCAGUAUGGGCUUUCGAGCAGUUCCCUCUGCAAAUUGACUCGCCAGCCGUCACGAAGUCGAGCCUUUAUCGUGGUCCCGUUACACGAGCUGCACUUACAGCCACCCUUGCAGCCAUUGAAAGAAUCCAAACGGCAUCUGUCCAAGCUGCUUCACCCUACACUCCUCCUCCGUCACCCGGGUUUGAGAAGUUCGCCCCGCACCAUGUCACUCCGCUACUCCGAGCAAACCCUGCCUACCGCGACGCCUCUGUCACACUGCAGAAAGCCUUCCUCGGCGGAGUUACACGUCAUCGGCCGCUUCUCAAGGCGGCCCAACGCGACUUCGACAUUCAGUCACACACGGCUCGGGAAAUAUCACGGAGGAUUCGAUCCUCGGACUCUCAGCCAGGCUGUCUUACCAAGUUGUUUGGCCCAGGCCUAUACGUUUAUGGCGGCACUGUCGAGGAAGGCAAUGACAUCACCAGCCACACUGAGCCCGGCAAAGUGGUGGCUUGCCGGGACGAUGCCGUUUGCGUUGCGACUUGCGACAAGAAAGCCAUCUGGAUUACCCACGUUCGCCGUGUCAAGAAGAAGACCGACACAAUGCUGUGGCCCAAAGUCCCUGCUGUCUCCGGCCUGAGCGAGUUGGGCAUCCUCGACAGCGACGCCAUUACAGAAAACCGCAUUUCUAGGGCAACCAUCGACUGGUCCAGAGCCUCGCACGGCACCCAGCAGGACAUAUCAGUUGACUUCCAGACAUUUGCCAAUGCCAAGCGGGUUGCUUUCCUCUACUUCAACUUCUACAACGGCGCCAUGAGCACGGAUAAGUGCUCCCGCAUGAUUGACGCCCUUGACUUUAUCGCAUCCACUCAUGUCGUGGAACGACCACUCAGCGCCAUUGUGCUCAUGGGGGGUGACGGGUACUUCAGUAACGGUGUUGCAUUGAACGUUAUCGAGGCUGCUGCGGACCCGGCGCUCGAGUCUUGGCUCAACAUCAACCGCAUUGAUGACGUUGUGCACUACCUCCUUUACGAUUUCCCAUCACGCAACAUUCUCACCGUUGCCGGCAUCAGGGGCAACUGCGCAGCGGGCGGUGUCGCCAUGGCUGCCGCAUGCGACAUUGUGCUUGCUGGCUCCGAGGUCGUCCUCAACCCAGCUUACCGUGCCAUCGGCCUGCACGGUUCGGAAUACCAUUCCCUGUCCUACACCGGACGUUGUGGCCCAGCCGGAGCUACCAAGCUGCUGCGUGACAUGACACCGCUAUCACCAGCUGAAGCUCGGAGGAUGGGCUUAGUUGACCACACUAUCCCCGGCAACGGGGCGCUUCUCGAAACCCGCAUGCGGAACCUCGUUAGGUCAAUGGUCUCUUCCGAGAAGAAGCUAGCGCCGGGGCCUUGGAAGUGCAACGUGAACGUCAUGCCCGCGGGCCUGGCGUCUGCUCGUGCUGAGGAGCUAGGACAGAUGUCGAAAGACUUCUGGAGCGCCAGGUCGUCAAGAUAUCACCUUCGCCGUCGCGACUUUGUGCGCAAGGUGAAAGCGACCAAGACACCACUACGCUUUGCGACACAUCGGCGAGGCACGGGAGAGCUCGACGAAGAGGAGACCAACGAAUUUGACGAUGUCACCGUCUAUGAACGCAAGGCGAGGGCGGUACUGUUGGCUGACCAGCUGAAGGAGUACGUCGAGAGCAUGGCCACGAAAGCUACACAGAAGGACGCGAGUGCUGAGAAGACUACGCGUCGCCAUAAAGCUCCGAUUGAUAUCGUGAGCAAACAGGAGGUGACGCAGGAUCUGAAGCCUAUGUACUCGUGCUACUACGACGUGACCGGAACGUUAGGAUUCUCAUGA